AUGGCCGAUUCAGGAGCAGCCGCGGCCCCCAAGCCCAGUAGCAGCGUGAAGCUGGUUCUGCUUGGCGAGGCUGCCGUCGGAAAAUCGUCCUUGGUUAUGCGCUUCGUCAACAAUGACUUCCAAGAGAACAAGGAGCCCACCAUAGGAGCCGCUUUCCUGACCCAAAAAUGCAACCUCCCCACCCGCACCAUCAAGUUCGAGAUCUGGGAUACCGCCGGCCAAGAACGCUUCGCUAGUCUCGCCCCCAUGUACUACCGUAACGCCCAGGCCGCCCUCGUCGUCUACGAUAUCACCAAAGCCUCCAGCUUGACCAAGGCCCAGCACUGGGUUGCCGAGCUCCAGCGCCAGGCCAGCCCUGGCAUCGUCAUUGCCCUCGUCGGAAACAAGGCAGAUCUGGUGGAGGCUGACAGUGGGGCUGCGGAUGCGGAGGAGAUCACUUCCCCUGUCACCCCGGAGGCUCCGACCGAGUCGGCGGAUGGUACUGCUGCUGCUGCGGAGGGUGGUGCCACGGAGGAGGGCGGUGAGGCUGGUGCCGAAGGUGCUGCUGCUGCCACCGAAGGAGCCGCCGCCCCCGCUGCCGCCCCAGCCGCGGCGGCGGAGGACGACGACAACGACAGCGAUGCGCGCAAGGUCGCCACCAAGACAGCCAAGUCCUACGCCGACGAGGAGAGCCUGCUCUUCUUCGAGACCUCGGCGAAGACGGGCCAGAACGUCGCCGAGGUUUUCACCGCCAUCGCCAACGCCAUCCCGGAAACCAGCCUGAAGGGUCCCCGCGGCGUCGGCGGCCAGACCAGCUUAAACAGGGGAGACGAUGCGCGGGUGAACUUGAACAGCGCGCGGGAUGCUCAGGGCCCCAAGGAUGGGUGCGCUUGCUGA